AAACUCUUCCACCAUGUGUCAGAUGUGAGGAUUGUUCUGCUGGGUAAGACGGGAUCAGGAAAGAGCGCCGCAGGAAACACAAUCCUGAACAGAGACGCGUUUACUGAGAAAAACUCUCUGGUUUCAGUUUCAAUGACCUGUGAGAAACAAGAAGCUGUUGUCAAUGGAAAAACCCUAUCAGUGACUGACUGUCCUGGACUGCUUGACACUUCCGUCAAUAACCGAAAACUGAAGCCUUUAAUCGAGGAGUGCAUCUAUCUGUCUGCUCCUGGUCCUCAUGUCUUCCUGGUGGUUUUGAGAUUAGGAGUAAAAUUCACUGAGGAAGAGAAGAAUGCAGUCAAAUGGAUUCAGAAGAACUUUGGAGAAGAUGCUGUGAGGUACACCAUCAUUCUCUUCACUCACGCUGAUGUCCUGAAGGGUAAAUCUCUAGAGAUGUACAUCAGCCAAAGCAAAGAUCUACAUGAGUUAAUUAAAACGUGCUAUGGCAGGUAUCACUCUUUCAACAAUAAAAACAGAAAUAAUCGAGAUCAAGUCACCGAACUGCUGAAGAUGGUUGAAAAGAUGGACCUGUUUAAUGGAAUGAAGCACUACACCAAUGACAUGUAUAAAGCAGCCCAAGAAAAGAUUAGGAAGGGGCAGAUGCUUAAAGAUGUUGGAACGGGAGGGCUAGCCGCGGCAGGAGCUGUGCACCACUUGGCUACUUUUGAAGCAGUGGGAGAAGCAACAAAUAAGUAUCUGAAUGAGUAG